AUGUCUUUAUCACUCACUGGUUUUAAGCCUGGCAGGCUGCUUCAACUGCAAGGUUUUCUUUGUAAAAAUCAGAAGAUAAGGGAACAGACAGCUAAGAAGAAAGAAGAGAGAAGAAAGAAGAGAGAAGAAAGAAGAGAGAAGAAAGAAAGAAAGAAAGAAAGGAAGGAAGGAAAGAAGGAAGGAAGACACUUGCAUAGAUACCCGGCCCUAAUCUACAACCAUAUCAGGAGGUAUCUCCAGAAUAUUUAUCCUUGCCUUUGCAAAGACUUUUCGCUGCAGCAUUUGAUGGAAACUUUGAUACUAGCCUUAUUCCAUAGCGUGUAUAAUUGUAUAAUAUGCGCUUGCACUAUACCUAUCAUUAGCUCAAUUGACCCCAUCUCUGGUAGAUCAAACCCUGUCCAUAGCCGUCUUGGUAUUGGUAUCAAGCAGGGCUAUGGUUUGAGUGAAGCUAGCCCGGUCACACACGCACAGCCUUGGCCUGAAUGGCAUGAGAGUAUUGGCUCUGUUGGGAAACUUCUCCCUAAGAUGGAGGCAAAAUAUAUGACAACACCUGACGAUGGUUCGGACCCACGCGAGGUUCAAACCGGAGAAGUUGGCGAGCUAUAUCUCCGUGGGCCCAACAUCUUUCUUGGUUAUCAUAAGAAUCCAUCGGCGACAGCAGACUCGAUCUCCAAAGAUGGCUGGUUCCGCACUGGUGAUGUUGGAUAUCAGGAUUUCAAGGGCAACUUCUUCAUUACUGACCGAGUGAAGGAACUGAUUGAGUAUAAAGGUUUCCAGGUGGCUCCUGCUGAGCUAAGAGGAAUUCUUGUGGGCCAUGCUGCUGUUAAUGAUGUUGCUGUCAUUCAAUUGACGAGUAAGAUGGAUGUCCGAAAAGUUGUUAUUCUUACUGGUCCAUGA